GGAAUAUUCAACACCACAUGCGCAUUGGUGGAGAACUCUUAUAGACAUUACGGUCAGGACAUUACGCAAAUAAACAACCAUAAUACCAUCACUCACCUUUGCACAUUUACACUCUACUUGUGCAUUACGACAAAAUCACAAAUGAAGCAUUAUAAAUAUUUUUCAACCAAUACUUGAUUAGCUCAAUUAUUUAAUGUUACAUUGCUUAUUAAUUGUUGUCCUUUGGCUAAGGAAGUUAAAAAGAAUAUCAUGAUGAGUUGAAAUUUUAAUUUUAUGAUAAAAAUUUAUUAGGCUACAUACAAAAUUAUUGAAGUGGCAAAAGCCUAAUUACUUAGUAAUUACACGUUCAAAAUCUAUUGCAUCUUAUUUAAUCAUUACUGAUCACGUCAAUUCGGGGAUUGUAUAACUUGAUAACUAUGUCUGAUCAAACACCAGUCUCAUAUUCACUGACAACUGAAGUUACAAGUACACCAAUGAAUUCCUUUUCCAACAAAGUUCAAGGAAAUGUCCAGAUGCAUACUAACUUAGAUGAGAAUGGUGUAUUUCAUCAAACAGAGUCAGAAAUUUUAUUGCAUGGAGUGACAGAAGAUAAAUGCAGCAACCAGUGUAUGGAAAAUGGGGCACUUGACCAUGCUGAUGAAAACACCAUUGCAGAUGAUCUUAAUUGCUGCAGUAUCAAAAGUCAAAUGCUGACAUCAACUUCCAUAAAAUGUGUUGAUUCAUUUAAAAUUGAUCCUUUAGUUAUUGACUCUGAUGGAAAUCCUAAAUAUUUUCACAAAUUCAAUGGUCUUUCCCAUAAUGAUCAUAACUCUGGUGAUAAUGGUUUUAUGAUUAAUUUAAAGAGUGUUUGUGGUGAGGAAGCUGUGAUGCCUGUAUUGGAAACUCAAGGUGACAGCAGUGAAUGUGAUUCCAUCAAAAAAGCUGAUAAUGUCUUGCAAUGCAUACAUCCAACUGACUGUGUUGCCAUCCCAUUAGCUGACUCACAUAUUGCUAAACAACCGUUAGAGUCAUCACAACAUCAUUGUAAAAAAGGAUUGUAUAGUGAAGAAGUUGAUGUUUUGUUAACUGAAAUAGAGAGGACAACUCUUAGUAAUUCUAAUGUGAAUUGUGGGAGUUUCAAAGAAGUAAUUAAUGGCAUUGUGUACGAGGUUUAUGAGUCAGAAAAGCAAAUGCCUGACAUCAUGAGACUAAUUACAAAAGACCUGUCAGAACCUUAUUCCAUUUACACAUACAGGUAUUUUAUCCACAACUGGCCAAAGCUCUGUUUCUUGGUAAGUAUUUAAAAAGAUACUAGGCCUAUAGUAGGCUACUACUAAUAUUACAUCAAAGCAUUAAAGUCUAAAACUAAAGAACUUGUUUUAUUUAGGCUUAUCCAUAUUUUGUUGCAUAAAUAAAUGGAACCAGUGGGGUGCCGUGUGAUUAUAAAAUCCCAGAAGUAAAAGUGGUUUUAAUUAUAAUUGAUCAACAUGGUCUCAUCUAUAGGCUGAUAAGAAAAUUUUGUCAUUAUGAUUAUGUCUAUAAUUACUAGGUUUACUUAGACCUAGGUCUAUUUAUAAGUUAAUUAUCUGAAUAAAAGAUACAUUAUUUCAUUGAUAAAAUAAUGUCAUAAUGAUAAUGUCUCAGUUUUGAGUAGCCCUAUUUUAUCACUUUAAGUUUAAGUAUUUUUUUAAAUUGCUUAUGACUAGCCUAUUGGAUUGUUUUUUUUAAAAUAAAUAUUUUAGCCUAAUUAAUAAUUAAAGUAAAGUUAAUAAAUACAUCAAAUGACAUACAAACUUUAAAAAGCUCAGGAAAUUCAUCUAAUUUGUAUAUUGAGAAAUGUAUUACCAUCUUAAACCAUGUGAUGAAUGUGAUAAUUUUAUUCUGUCAUGUUCAUAUUUUUUUAUUUGAAUUUCUAUUAUACUACCAUACUGAAAUCAAUUUUACUACCGUGAGUACUUCAAUUGGACAGGAGAAUGAAAAAAAAAAGUGUUCAGACAAUUUAAGUAAAAGAAAUUUCUUCUAGUUCUAGCUUUGCUAAAGCAAAGUUAAAGAGUGAACAUUAAAAUCUUUCUGCAAUAUUUAAGUAUUUAAAUAAAAUAAAAUUUUCCUAGAAUCCAUUCUAUGUAAAAAAAAAGGUAGUGCCAUGCCUCACGAAAAAAAUUAAAUUUGUCACUUCAGUGCUGCACCAUUCCACCCUACUCCAGUAUUUCUGUGUAUAUAUUACGUAUAAAUUAACAGAUGGUUGCAACCUUGCUUGUAUGCCAAGACUGAUUACUGUAACACAAGGCUUAGACCUAUUUGACUCAUAUUUUUUAACAAUGAAUUUUUCGAGUUAAAUCUGCCUAAUGUGCAAGUUUUGGAAAAAUUUCAUACAAAUUCAAGGGAAAAAAUUGUGGGUGAAAAUGGUUGCUUAUUUCCAUCAUUUAUGAUUCUGGAGUUAGUGAAUACAUUAUAAGAAAAAAAAAGUUAUAAGGAUGGAAUUAACAUUCCAUUCGUAGAAUAGAAAGAUAAAUCAAAUGACAUUUAGGCUUAGGUGAUUUGUGCUCAAGUAGUCUUUCAGUGGAUUAAAGAUGGAAAUUGGGAAAAGAGAUGUUUAUGCAGAUUUCUUUUCCAAAAACUUUAUUAGAAAGUCAUAGUCCCUGUAUUUUCAAUCCUUAUGGUUUCAGUGCAUUUACUGGAAAUUAAAUUGUACCGGUAAUGAAUUUUCAUUGCUAAGAAUUUUUCCAGGCUUGUGAUGUGCAUCUUUGCUAAUUAUUUAGUUUUUCUUAUUACAAUAGGUAUUAAACAUUUUCUAUUUUUUUAAAAUAUAGGCAAUGGCUGAUAAUGUGUGUGUUGGAGCAAUAGUAUGCAAGCUGGACUUGCACAAAAAAAUGGUAAGGCGAGGCUAUAUUGCUAUGUUGGCUGUGGACUCUGAAUACAGACGUAGACAAAUUGGUGAGUUUUUUUUUUUUUUUUAGAAGCCAUUAUUCCAUACAAUAAUUAUUUCUUUAUGGAAGGAAUAGUGCAUCUGAAAUUUGUUACCCUUCUUCCUUGAAUAUAAAAUUAUGUUUCCACCCUUUGUAAAGUAUUUAAAAAGGGUCAUCCACCUGUAAUGUUUGCAAAAAAUAUUUGUUCAUACCCACCAAACCAUCCCCACCUUCCACAAUUAAGCAGCCAAAUUUUUCUAUCCCAAGACUUUUUACAAAUAUUCUUUCAUUUCUUUGUUUGCAAUUUCAAUUGCAAGGUAAUAAGAUACUCCAUCCAUACAUACACACUUCGAAAAAAAUAAAUGUUUAAAAAAGGAAAUAAAGUGUAAGAUAUAAGAAUGACCUCUUAACUAAAAGCAAAUAAAUAUGUCUGGUUCAUAUUUUUACCAAGACAAAAUAACAAUAAUUUUAAACUGCAUUUUAUAUCAGACCACAGUUCAUUAAAAUGAAUGAAUGCCAGUUGAAUAAAUUCCUGUACACUCUAAACGUUUGGUAACAACACACUUAUUAAAACUAUAACAACUAUAAGGCCAUUGUCAUCACUUGUUGAUCAAGACUGAAGAAAUUAAUAAUUAAGACCAUUUGUUUCUAACUUCAGCAAAAACAUAUUAUAUAACUGUUUGUUCUUUUUAGGUUCAUCUCUUGUGACUAAAGCUAUUGAGGCAAUGAUCAGGGAUGAUUGUGAUGAGGUCAGCCAUUGUUUUUUUUCUCUGUUAGCCAUGUCAAUAAAGUAAAACUUGUGUAUUUAUUUAAAUAAUGCUGAUGGACUAUAUUUUGAUUAUGGAACAUAAACAAAAUAGGUAAAUUAAUUAAAAAUAGUUGGUCACUCCUAGCAGAUUGAUUUUAAAGCAAAAAAUUACUAUUGUAUAUUUUAUUGGAACAGUUUUAAGCCUAAAAAUAUGCUGAAGGCUUGUAAGGAAGCAGAGGUUUUUAAAAAUAUUUUUGUUUUGAUCCUAAUAGUUGAAAUGAUUGUGUACUGACAGGUCUUUCCAAGUUUUUUGAAGGCUUGAUUAAUGAUUAAUGUCAAAAAUUUUAUUGAGAAAUUGGUUGCAUCUCGAUUUUAAAAAAAUAUUUUGAUUUUAAAAAAAAUAUUUUGUAGCAUGCCUGACUCUUUAUUUAAUCAUUUAUGUGCAUUAGGUUAAGAUAUACAAAAGAUUAAAAAUAGAAACAAAAAUAAAAUGGUUCAGGAGAUUCCUAGAAGAAAAAAAAUGAUACUGGUAAUUGAAUAAUAUUAGUUCUAAAUAAUGUUUUGCCCAUUUAGUUUCUGCAAAAUAUCUGUUUAAAUUUCGUUCAGCUAUAAUUUUUAAAAAUCUUUUAAUUGCUGGUACUAGUUUUGCAUACUAGUUUUAUUGAUGAAAGUUAAGUGAUGUUUAAUAAACAGAACAAUUCAGUUUUAUAUUUUUUAAAAUUUGUAUCCUGAUGUUUCUCUGCUUUUUUUUUUGUUCUCAAUUCAUAGGUUGUGUUGGAAACUGAAAUAACUAACCAGGCUGCCCUUCAUUUGUAUGAAAACCUUGGAUUUGUCAGAGACAAACGUCUUUUCAGAUAUUACCUUAAUGGUGUUGAUGCUUUGCGACUCAAGCUUUGGUUGCGGUGAUAAAGAAAUUGUGAUCUGUUGUUAUAUGUUUCAUGACUAUGGUGUGGAAGUUAUUCAGUUUUGACAUCCCUUCAGAGAGCUUUUUCAUCUUCAUCAAAUCGCUUUCAAUUUGUGCAUUAUUUUCCAUCAAAUUGAUGGACCAGUUAUGCUUUUGAUAAAAUUAGUAAAAUAAUUGCUUGAUUUGAAAGGAUGAUUGUCAGCUAGAGUUAAAAAGAAUUGAAAAAGAACUUUUGUUUUAAUUGAUAUAAUUCCGGAGCAAAAUUUUGCAAUGCUUAUUGGAUAGGCAGUGUACAUCCCAAACUGUGAGAUUGAUGAAGCAAGCUUAUUAGAAAAACUGAAAUUAUUAUCAAAUGUUUGAGUGUAGUUCUAUAUAAGACUAGAUAGUGUAACAGAAUUACAAAUUCAUUACCAUCUUUUAAGCUAAUCCUCAUCUGAUGUCUAACUUGUAGGUGUUUCCUUCAGUUUUGAUAAAUAUAGCUUUAGGUCCCAAUCAAUAGAGUUCUAAGAUUACAUUAAGGCAGCAUGACAUCUGGCUAAAUGCUUAAAUUUAAAAAAAAAAAAUUUUCUUUCCGGUUAUUUUCUUUUUUUGUCAAUUAAUGAAAAAUACAAUGUCAUCUUUUAAAGAUGUAAUUUCUUUAUCACUUACAUUUAGACAUGCCUAAAAAACCCAGUGUUUCCCAAUCUUUUUUUGCCCCACCUAAGCACCAAAAAGAUUUAUUGAAUUUUUUUAGGGGAAAAGCUAAAAAAAAAAGAAGUCUCCAAUCCUGCCAUCACAAAAAUGGAAUUACAAUUUCUGGGCUUGUUUAGCCUGAAAUUUCAAUGUUGUAAAGCAAAAUUUAAAAAAAUUUAAAUAUAUUUGUUUUGCAAUAAAUGACAAAUAAUAACUGGUUAACUUUUAAAAAAAUGUCAGUUUACACGUUCCCUUCAUAAAAAAGAAAAUGGCCUUCCUUAUCUAAAUUUCCUUCCAUAACCUUCAAAUAGCCACCCUGUGGGACAUUCCCCCAUAUUUUGCAAUACUUUUGUAAUCAAAGUUGAUAGAGGCAAAGAUAGCAAUGAUCACAAUAUAAAUAGGUGCUCAAUAGCUCAAAUCUCUGCAUUGGGCAUAUCGUUUAUUCGGAUGCCUAGUUAAUGAUAAGACAAAAGAUUGUGGGAAUUGAUUUGUUCUGCUUUUUUUCUGUUUGAAAGUGAAGAACUGAAAAUUGGUGUGCAAAAUUAGUGUCUCACACAAUUGAAACAUUAUAAAAUUGUUUGGAUUUGUUGUUUCUUUACCUAACUGCAAGGAAGUGAAUUUUCUGUUAAAAGUGCCAAUAGUAAUACAUUAAUAUUUGCACUCCAGUAUUUACAAUAAAUGAAAGUACUUUUAUUGAAGACUUCAUUCCAAUAAUUUGUGUCUGUGGUUGGAUCUGUGCAUUUU